AAGUUCAUCUCGAGCGGUGGUGCUUUUUUAUUCGUCAAAAGAAAAAUUGACUUUUCCGGCGCACUUUUUUCUUGUGCCAUUCAAAAAAAAAUCCAACUUCCUGAAUUUCCCUAAAUAAAAGAAUUAGUGAAAACCGCCAAUUGUCAUUGGGCGUGAUUGGAAUUUUUAUGAGUCAAUUAUUUGAGUUGAAUGAUUACUUUCACAAGUUUUUUUUUGCCACCCGCAUGAUUUGGCGUGAGUGAAAGUUACCAAAAAGAAAAGUUCUCAGUGCAAAAAAUAUAACUUCCUAUGCUGAUGUCUAUAAUUUUGUGUGUGGCAGAGGAAACUUUCUGAUAAAUCUCCCUCAAUUUCACGUGUCUAAAUGGCUGAUGUAGAUAUAAAUAGCACAAUCUACAAGCAGCCAUUCAAUGCAACAUUCAAUUAUUCUGAUCUGCAAGAGCUCAGUGUGGAUGAUCUUCUCUAUGAUGUCCCGGUGGGCAUCGUUGUCUUGCUAUCUAUAUUCUAUGGUACUAUUAGUAUAUUGGCGGUUAUCGGAAAUGGUUUGGUCAUCUGGAUUGUCGCUACAACUCGUCAAAUGCAGACAGUCACAAAUCUCUUCAUUGCCAAUUUGGCCCUAGCUGAUGUUAUUAUUGGAAUGUUUGCCAUUCCUUUCCAGUUUCAGGCCGCUCUCCUACAACGCUGGAAUUUACCAGAUUUUAUGUGUGGCUUCUGCCCAUUUGUUCAGCUCCUUAGCGUUAAUGUGUCAGUUCUUACAUUGACGGCAAUAGCUGUGGACCGCCAUAGAGCUAUUCUUAAUCCACUAAGAGCAAGACAGUCUAAAAACGUAUGCAGACUUAUUAUUGGAUGUAUUUGGAUUAUAUCCAUUAUUUUGGCAGCUCCUGUUUGCUAUGCCAUGGAAGUCAAACAAGUAAAGGAGUAUGUUACACGUGAAGGUGACAUCAUUGCCCUAUGGAAACCAUUCUGCAAUAACGAGAAUUUAACAGAUGAGCAAAUGAAGAUUUAUCGGUACAUUUUAGUGCUUGUUCAGUAUUUGAUCCCGUUCUGCGUAAUUAGUUUUGUUUAUAUCCAAAUGGCUGUACGCCUUUGGGGUUCAAAAACACCGGGAAAUGCUCAAAAUGACCGAGAUGUUACGCUUUUGAAGAACAAGAAGAAGGUGAUAAAGAUGUUGCUGAUUGUUGUGGCUCUCUUUGGAGUUUGCUGGCUUCCACUACAACUCUACAAUAUUCUCCAAGCUACAUGGCCAGGAAUCAAUGACUAUCGCUACAUUAACAUAAUUUUCUUUUGCUCUGACUGGAUUGCAAUGAGCAAUUCAUCAUAUAAUCCCUUCAUCUAUGGCAUUUACAACGAAAAGUUCAAGAGGGAGUUCAGCAAACGAUGUCCUUUCUGCCGUUUAGGAUUCGAUAAUGGGGACUACAGUGAGAAGUCUGUGUACACACGCGUAAGUUCCAUUCGAUCCAACUACACGAACACAUCUACACGACAAAAGAUCCAAAAUCACAGUCACGUGACCCCAAACAAUCUCAUUGUUUGUCAUGUUGAAGGAAAAAAGGCACAUCAUCGUGGUGCAGUGGAAUGGAAAGCUGUGAAAAAUUGCAUUUUUGGUGAUCGACAGAAGGCAAAUUAUUCAUCGGCCAAUGUCCAAAAAGGCGAGUGCACCAAUUGCGGCAGCAAAAUUGGUGAAUACAGUGAUAUAUUGUACCAUGAGUCACUGGCACCAAGGAAGAAGCAGAACAACACUUCGGAUACAGAAUUGUUCACAUUCUCCUCGCCCACAAUAAGCCAUGAGGACGGCCUGGAGAGUGGUGAAGAAGGGCGACAUGCACGACAAGGUGUCGCUUCUGGAAUUCUGUUUGAGGAUAUUGAUCUCUAGAGUGAAGGACGUCUAUGUAAGAGGACGGCUAAGAAAACGAAUGCCAUUCCGGAGAAUACUCUCUUUCUGUUCAUUGUCUUAAUUCGAGAAAUUGUCUGUUUCUUGUUAGUUUAACUUGUCCAUUCUUCUCCUUCUCAAUUAAAUUUCCAUCUUGUCAUCAAAGUAAUAGCUUCAAAAUAUAUCUUUUAUUUAUUCAAAGUCUUAAAUUUAGUAUAUUAUUCUUUAACCUUA